AUGAAUGACGAUAGCGCUGAAGUACAUCUGGAGCACUGGAAACCAUUGUAUCAGAUCCAUGCCCGUACGUCUACUGAAAUGGCGGCAUUGAACACAUGCUUCAUCCCCCUCAAGUGUCAUUUUAGUGUCGUCUUGAACAACGCUGCCACACUCAGCAGCAUGGCCGGCAUGAAGCGACCUCGACCGGAAGACCAUGCCGCCGACGGCAGUGACAGCAACAAGGCUGCGAAAGCUCUCCCUCCCUCCGUCUCAGCUGCCGUGAAGAAGCUCCAGCGCGCAUGCCACGAGCUUCAGCUGUCGAGUCUCCCGCGUGUCAUGACGGGGCGCGAGGACGAGCGCGACGAGAUCUACACGGCGCUGCGCUCCUCCAUCGAGCAGCAGAGCGCGGGCGGGCCCAUCUACAUCAGCGGCCUGCCGGGCGCAGGCAAGACGUCCAUCGUGAAGGAGGUGAUCCGCUCGCUCGAGACGCAGCGCGACGCCGGAGAGCUGCGCAACUUCGCGUGGGUGGAGGUCAACGGCCUGCAGAUGCCGCGCCCGGACGUCGCCUACAGCGUGCUGUGGAAGGCUCUCCAGCCACCGGAGCCGGACGGUGAACAGCCACUGGCGCGCGCGAUCGGCGCCGCGCGGCUGUGCGAGAUGCUGCAGCACGAGUUUCACUUCAAGAACUCCAAGCGCCCCAUGCUGCUGGUGCUGCUGGACGAGAUGGACUUCAUGCUGGCGGGCAAGAACCAAGUGCUGUACAACCUGCUGGAGUGGCAGACUUCUGCCACGGCCAAGCUCGUGCUGGUCGGCAUUGCCAACACCAUGGACUUGCCGGAGCGACUGCCCACGAAGAUCCGCAGUCGACUGGGAGGGCACCGCAUCACCUUUCCGGCGUAUACGAGAGCCCAGCUCGAGAACAUCAUCCAGCAGCGUCUGCUUCAGCUCGACGUUUUCAGCCAAGAGGCCAUCCAGAUCUGCGCCAAGUCGUUGGCGCACCAGUCGGGCGAUGUUCGUCAGGCGCUGUCGCUCUGCCGUAAAUCCGCCGAAGUGUGCCUGUACCGACUUACGUCGCUCGACCGGGAUCCAGCGGCUAAGGAGGGAGGCGAAUUGGUCGUGACAGGCGAAGACUUGCACGAGGCUCAGCAGGCCGUGUCGGUGUCGGCGCCGAUGACCCGCUUGCGCGCGUGCAGCAAGUUUGAGUGCACCUUCUUGGUUGCUCUGCGCAUGGAGGUCCGCUCCAACGCGGCGCGUGGAUUUACCAAAAGUGGCGCCGAGCUGGAAGCCGUCAUCGAGCGCUUCGCGAUUCUCUGCAAGACGCACUCGUUUGUCCCCAUCCCACGACUGCGCGGGCUGCUCUUUAUCUGCGACGAGUUGGAGCGCUCGGGCAUCAUCCGGCAGAUCUCGACGCGCACGUCGCGCUACCCGCUGCUGGAGCUGCGUUGCUCGCACCAGGAGCUACAGGACGUCUUUCUCACCCACCCCGUCGGCAUGCAGCUUAUCACUUGA